CUUUGUUUCUGGAGAAGUCCAAUAGGGGAACACUUGUAAAGCUAAUACUGUCCCUAACUAGCUAUGUGACUUUACAACAACCGCUUCCUUCAGCUCACUGGACUUCAAUCUCCCUUUUCUGUAAAAUGGAAAAGCACAAUCAAUGAGAUGUUCUCGAAAUAGUUUCCGUGAUGACAUCCCACGUAUAUGACAUUUCAUACUACACAAUAUGCCCUCGCGGAAGAGGGAGGUCCUGUGGUCUGUUCUCUUUUCGUAAAGGCACAGAAGUCAACCUUCAUCUAAGUGACUCAGUGAGUGUAUGGUAGAUAAGAAACAGGUGAUACGUAUCUCUUCGGCCGAUUAUUACUCUGCAGAGCCUGAAGGAAUCUGUGUGUGAUUAUAAGGUCUUGCCCCCCCCCCCUUUUUUUUGCACUGUACUUACACAGGAAUUAUAAAUAAAUGAACAAAAGGGAUCCGAGAAGUGCAACCCUUCGAAAAUUGUUCAGACGGAGACCGCCCAAAUGAAAAACACAUGCUAUUUCCCCUCUGCCUGAGCAAUUUGGCAUUCCGCGUACAAGUUCCCAGGAGAGGGGCUGGGCCUCUCCAGGCAGGAACUGGAGCCAGAGGCUUCCCCUGCUACUCGCUGGGAUAGAAGAACAUCAGGAAUGACUUUCAGUGCAGUAGUUCCUGUGGUGCUCGCAGAAGCCACGCAGCUUGGGUGCAAUCAAACUGCGGCCCAGCCUCAUCCCUGCAGGAAUCCAGAUGCAGGCCAAGUACAGCAGCACAAGGGACAUGCUGGACGACGAUGGGGACACCGUCGUGAGUGUGCAUUCUCGAGCCUCGUCUCCAACCCAGCAGCCAGAGGCCGGACGCAAAGGGCACCGGCCUCCCUCCUCAGUUUGGCGACCAGUGGCCCUGACCCUGCUGACUCUGUGUUUGGUGCUGCUGCUUGGCCUGUUGGCCCUGGGGCUUGUGUUUUUCCAGUUCUACCAGCUUUCCAACACUCAGCAAGACAGCAUUUCUAACAAGGAAGAAAGAUUGGCGAAUCUCUCCCGACAGCUGCAGUCUCUCCAGACAAAGAACAGGAAGCUUGCAGAAAUUUUGCAGCGCGUGGCUGAAAAACUGUGUCGUGAGCUGUAUAACAAAACUGGAGAACACAGAUGCAGCCCUUGUCCAGAAAAAUGGAAAUGGCAUGGGGACAAAUGCUACCGAUUCUGUAGAGACAGCAAGAGUUGGCAAGGCUGUGAAUAUUUCUGCAUUGCAGAGAACGCCACCAUGCUGAAGAUAAACACGCAGGAAGUGCUGGAGUUUGCCAUGCCUCAGAGCUACUCUGAGUUUUUCUACUCUUAUUGGACAGGGCUAUCCCGCAAUGGCAGCGGACAGGCGUGGCUAUGGACCGAUGGAACCCCGUACUCCUCUGAACUGUUGGAGAUUAUAAUAGAUUUCACCAGCCUAAGAAGCAGGGACUGUGUGACCAUCCUCAAUGGGAAGGCUUUCUCAAAGGACUGCAAAGAGUUGAGGCGGUGUGCGUGUGAAAGAAAGGCUGCAGCAGUGAAGCUUGAGAGUCUCCAUUAGCCUCUUUGAGCCAUUACGUGGAGGUGAUUGACUCUUCCGCCAUAAAGGUGAUGUCAAGCUCCCUUCAGGGAAAUUGAAGAUCAGAACAAAAGUCAAUUUCUUUAUGGGCACCUGUAAUAAUUUGGUUUCAGUUCCUUUUUUUCUCCUAUUGGAGCCAUGUUUGUACAACAAAGCAGCAAAAUGGUUUGAGCCAAGCAAGGUCAUUGCAAAGGAUAUUCGAGACAUUGGGAAAUGGAAAAAAAGGAGGAAAGGCAGUUUCUCUGACAGGUACAAGAAACACUUUCCUGUUUCCUGCUCAAGAUUGCCAGCAUUUCUGAGCUUGGGUUCAUGCAAAUGUUUAUGAGUCACAAAGAAGUCCUAUCUGCAUACCACCCACCAGUCGCAGACUUUCGUAAAGUUGUAAUCUACCUUCUUGACCUAGAGAUGCUUUCCAGCGUUCUUCCUUCUCAUCAUCUAAUAUCAUCUGCCUUUUUCCAUGUCUUCCUUAAUAUUUGGAGAAGUGAGAAACUUACUGAAGUAGAGGAAAUAAAGGUGUGUAACAUUCUUUACUCCAAAGGUCAAGUAGACCAUGAGAAAUUAGCAGUCAUUUUCUAUACAACGUUCUUAAAUACAGAACUAAUUCUUUCUGUUUCUGUUUGCUUCAGUCGUACUUUUCCCUUCCUACUCUCUCAAUAAAGCCCCCAUCUGCCAUGUCUAGGGCUUGCUUCCCACUGGGAUAACUCUCUUUAUUAGAAUCUUAACUUCUUAUGAACAUACCUCCCCAUGUUCACUUAAGACUCCAACAAUUAUCUCCUUUCCUGAGGAAUUUCUUCCAAGAAAGAAAUAUUCUCAGCUCAGUUUUGUAUCCCAGUUACUGCCCCAAUCCUCCCUUCAGAGAGAUUGAAGACCAGAGCAAAUGUCAGUCUCUUUAUGUGAAUCUAAUCAUGUGAGUCUUUAAUCAUUUCCUAUUUUCUUCCAUUUGAUCCAUGCUUAUGCCUUUCAGGUACUGAAGAUUUAAUAAUAAUAAAUGUAAAUAAUGUGAAAUGUAUGUGAUUUGAGAAUAGAUUUGUGAUUUGGGGAAAUUUUCAGCGUGGAGAUGUUCUUCAAACUAUGAUAGCAACCUGUGUUUUGGUUGUUUGUGCCUUACAGAGAGUUUGUAGAGACUGUACAAGAGUACUGAUUAUUUGAUCACUGGAAGAAGAUAAGUCUUUGAGAGGCACACUGAUUUCAAGAAGGUGGUUUUAGCACUUUCCUGAGAUGAAAUCUUUUGAGGCAAGCUGGUCAUCAACACAGGGCUAAAGAUAAGUCAGGGAAAUUUUAAUAGGUUGAGUUAUCCAAUCAGGUCCUGGAAAGGGGAAGAGAGACUGUGACAUUUGCACACAUCACUGGUUUGUUGUGUAAGCAUUCCUUUCUCAGGAAGCCAAUAUGCACAAUCAUAACAGGAGUCAUGGUAAAUAACACCAUCACAACCACUGACUGUUGGUUUAUGGAAAAAUCAAUUCUAAGGGUUUCAUGCUAGAAAGGAUCAUCUAUUAUAAAUCUUUAUUUGUCAGCAGUGGAAACUGGGGUGUUUUAGUUUUAUUUUCAGUAAGCAUCUAUCUCAUGGUAAAAUAUUAAGUUAGCAAUCAUGAUAAAGAGAAUAUUUCUGUAUUCAUUUUCAUAAGACUGCAUUACUUAGCAAUCACUACUUGUGGAUUGCUUACUUAUGAGUUAAUUUUCUUUUCAAUUUUCUGUCGAUUCGUCAGGAAAUGUCUUCAGCGUUGAACAAACUUUGUCUUGAUUUAUUGUGUUGUGCAAAAAUAAUUGCACCUGUGGCCAUAAAAUGAGAUGUUUUAGAUCCCCUAUACUGAUUCAUUAUUGGGCAAAUCACUUUACCUCAUGAAGUUUAUUUCAUUAAGUAUGAAGUGGAAAUGUUUGUAAUUUUCUCGUGGUGCUGUUGUUGGCUGAACUGGGGUAAAUAUGAAAUUAGUUUUACAAUCUAAAUUGCAAUAUGAAAUGUAAACGACAUUAACAACACGUAAAAAAAGGAUUUAGUGUUUUCUUUUAAAGUUUAUUUAUCUAUUUUGACAGGGACACUGUGAGCAGGAGUGAUGCAGAGAGACAGGAAGGAUCCUUGGGAGAGGAUCCCAAGUAGGCUUUGUGCUCUCAGCAGGGCUGGAUCCCAUGAACCAUGAGAUCAUGACCUGAGCAGAAACCAAGAGUCGGACGCUCAACUGACUGAGCCAUCCAGGCACCCCUAUUUUUUUUUUACAUAAGGGACCACAAAAAAGUAUAAGCAACCCUUUUUGGAUAUUUGUAUUCUUUAGUAAAUUAUCGAGAGUCACUUACAUUAGGAAGAUGUGGAGAUUACCAAAUGUUUUUUAUGAUGAGUGCAGAUACUUAAUGAAUGCAAUUAAUAAAAUAGGCACAUAACAAGAAAUGUGGUUUAGGACUUUAGUUAAGCAAUUAAGUGUUAUUUAAGUUUUGUGACCACAGGAAGAAAACAUGGUUAAUAUGACAAAGUCAAAUUAUUUUGUGGACUAAGUUGUAAAACAGGGACAUGGGACACAUCGUUUUGACCCCUGGCAUCCUACAUAACUGCAGUCUAGGUCAGGGUUGAAUGACAAGUGUCUCUUUAAAUGCCAUUGCUUUAAAGAGACUAGCUGCCUGGAAAGUGGGUGUUGAAAAGUGUUCUCCCUUCAAAUCUGCAACCUAAGGGAAAGUGUCACUUUAGAUAGUGAAGAGGGAAAAAAUAGCAUUUACUUGACAUUCUUGCUAUUCUUAACCCUAUUUCUUUCCAUAUUUGCCCUCGGUCCCAUCAUCUGUAUCACACAACUUGCGACACUGAUCACAAUAUGAGCAGAUAUUUCGAAAGAACAGAAAUAUAGUAGGGCACAACAUUUUCUCCCCAUUUUUUAAAUACUUAAGAAUAGGAAAUAGGGGCUCUUGGGUGGCUUAGUUGGUUAAGCAUCAGACUCUCGAUUUCAGCUCAGGUCACUGUCUCAUGGCUAAUGAGAUCGAGCCCCGCAUCAGGCUCCCCGCUGAGAGUGGAGCCUGCUUGGAAUCCUCUUUCUCUCUUUUUCUCAAAAAAAAAAAAAAAAAAAAAAGAAAAAAAGGAAAUAAUCAUGA